AUUUAGAAUGAAACACGAUCAAUUUUUUUUAUGUUGAACAGUAAAUGAUUAGUAACGUUUGCGUACGAACAUAAAGAAGAAGAAUUAAAUAAGAAUGAGAAAAAAAUACGUAGUAUUUACUUUUUUGUUACUUUUUCUUGCCGCACUUUGCAUCUAUGAAUUGAGCACAAAUUUAGAAGAAGUGAUUAUUUUACCAGAAAAGCCUGUAAACAGCUUUAACAGGUUUUCCUUAAAAUCUAUUUUAUUAUGGAAUGAUUUGUUUGGCAAAGAAAACUGGGGGUUUCCAAGGAGCACUAACUACGAUUUUAAAGAAUUAGAAUGUCGCGUUCAAAAUUGCUUUAUAACAACGAAUCGCGAUUUAACCUUAGAUGCUGAUGCAGUUAUUUUUCAUAUAUCUGGCAAGCUUAACUCCAGGCCGAAAUUAAAACCUGUCAAUCAACGAUGGGUGUUUUUAAUGCAUGAAGCGCCAUGUUUACAUAACUUUAAAUCUCUUCGACAAUGGAAUUCACUUUUUAAUUGGACGAUGACAUAUAGAUUAGACUCUGACAUACCAAUUCCUUACGUACACACAUGCAAAAAGCGCAAUAGCAAAGUAAAUUUACUUAAAAAAGAUAUUAUGGGAAAAAAAAAGAAAUUGGCAGCUUGGAUGGUAAGUAAUUGCAAUUCGCAGAGUCAACGAAACCAAUACAUGAAUGAGUUGUUAAAGUACAUACCCGUAGAUAUAUUUGGCAAAUGCUCAGCUUUAUUUGGACAAAAUAACAAAUGUGAAAAAAAUGACGAAGAAAACUGCAUGAAUAUGAUAAGCAGUCAAUACAAAUUUUAUUUUAGUUUUGAAAAUAGCUUUUCUGUUGAUUACGCCACUGAAAAAUUUAUAAAAGUUCUAAAUACUAAUGCUGUUCCUGUGGUACGGGGUGAUGCUAAUUACACCGUUCUGGGUCCGCCAAAUUCAUUUAUCGACACUAAAAAGUUUAAAUCUGCAAAACACUUAGCUGAAUACUUGUUAAGACUCGAUCAAAAUGAAGUUGAGUAUUUAGAAUUUCUAAAAUGGAAAGAGGAUUAUGAAGGUCACGAUUGUGGACCUGGAGAUAUUGUGCAAAAACGUUUUUGUGAUUUAUGUGAGAAGUUGAACUCUCCGCAGUCUGUAAAAAGUGUUUAUACAAAUAUAUACGAUUGGUACCAUAAGUGUAGAGAACCAAAUGACCUAAAUGUUUAAAGUUUUAGAAAAAAAAAAAUAGAAAACAAAUAAACGAAUUAAAGAUAUUAAAAUUUAAACAUUUUGAAACAAGAACGGAUAAUGCAAUUUUUGUUGAAUUUUUUUUUUAGUAUAAGAAAUAGACAUUUAUUCCUUUUAAAAAGGGUAACAAUAUACAAAUACUCUUUGGUGACAAUUA